UACUGUGGAAUUUCACCGUGUUUUAUUACCUCAAAUCAAUUUGGUAUGUACAUAGUUAAUUAUCAAUUGUCAAGAGUUUUAAAACUUGCCAAAAGUGUCAUAGAAUGAUAAUGUCUUUCCAUAUUAUUCUUCUUUAACAUACUUCUAUUUAUAUUUAUAGCAUUUAAAAUAUCGACAUGGCUUGUGAAGCUUGUAACGUAAAAUUCAACUUCUUUACACGGAAGAAACAAUGUAUGGAUUGUUUGAGAUAUUUUUGUUCUGGAUGUGUGAUCAAAAGAUUAGACAAGAUAUUAAGUUGUGAGAGUUGCAAUAUGUUGUCGAGAAGGCCUUUAAUACGAAGUCUAAUCAUACAAAUGCGUUCUAAAGAUAUACAACGAUAUCUAUUGGCAAAAAAAAUACCCAUCAAAGGAUGCAUUGAAAAAGAAGACUUAAUAAAAUUGUUAAUGGCAUUUGCUAAUAAUUCUAGUGAUUAUUGGAAUAUGGAAGAUGCAGAAAACAUUAGAAGUAGAAACAUUGGUAAUUCUCCUUCUAAUCAAUCAACAACUAGAAGCUAUGAACAUAAUACACAACUUUUUAAUAAUGAUGAAAUCAACGCUGCAAGAAUUGAUGAUAAUGAAAUAUCAGAGGGAAUUUCUCCUAUUAAUUCUUAUUUGGAUAGAAGAACAGAAUCUAUAAGUACAGAAGAGAAGAUUUCAAAAAUUUCUAAUAUUCAACAUUCUGAUAUAAUUGUAGAAAGUUCCAUGAAUCCUAUUAAAUUAUCCGAUAUAAAUACAUUAUCUGAAUUGGAAUGUUUAAGUGUGAAGCAAUUAAAGAACUUGUUAAGUAUAAAUCGAGUUGAUUAUAAAGGUUGCGUAGAAAGAUAUGAAUUAUUGAAUAAAGCUUCCAGAUUAUGGGAAGAAUACAAACAAUCGAGAACGAAAAUGGAAAUUUUGGAUGAAAAUCUUUGCAAAAUUUGUUGGAAUGAACCACUUGAAUGUGUAAUUUUAGAAUGUGGUCAUAUGGCUUGUUGUCUAAAUUGUGGUAAACAAAUGUCAGAAUGUCCGAUAUGUAAACAAUAUGUAGUGCGUGUAGUGCGAUUUUUUAAAGCUUAAGAAAAACACAACAAUAUAUGAUAUUAUGGAAUUAUAUGUUCAAUACAGAAAAUAAGAAAAAGGACGAAUAUCAUAUUGUUCUGAUAUUUCAGAUUUAGCAAAGUAAUAAUUUUUUGGCGUAUUUUAUCGAUAUCAUAGAUUAUAAUAAUUAAAAUGAGAUACAAUCUUUUAUAUUAAUGUAAGAAUAAUUUUAUUUAAGAAUAUAAAUGAAAAUAAGAGG